AUGUACUCUGUCUACAUUUCAGAGGCAUUCUUUCUUUCUUUCUUUCUUUCUUUCUUUCUUUCUUUCAUUCAUUCAUUCUUUCUUUCUUUCUUAAUAUUUCCUUUGAUUCAUUCUUUCUUCCUUUCGCAAUCACUCCUUUGUUUCAGUCUUUCAUUUACAACCAAUGCUAUCUUUUUACUUUAUUUCUUUGUUUCUUUCUUCCCUACGUUUUUUUUCUUUUUUACAAUCACUCUUUUGUUUCAUUAUUUCUUUUACAAUCACUGCCUUCUUUCGUUCUUUCUUUUCUUUUCUUUCUUUCUUUCUUUCUUUUCUUUGUUUGUUUGUUUGUUUGUUUGUUUCUUUAUUUCUUUCUUUCUUUCACAUUUAUUCCCUUGUUUCAUUCUUUCACAAUCAUUCCCCUGUUUAUUUUUAUUUUGCCAUUCGUUCUUUCACAAAGGCUCACUCACUUCUUUCUUUCUUUCUUUCUUUCUUUCUUUCUUUCUUUCUUUCUUUCUUUCUUUCUUUCUUUCCCUUGAAGAUCUUAGCUGUAGUUUUUCUUUGAUUUCUUUUCCUUUGAUUUCUUUUCCAUUUCUUCCCGCUUGUUUUUCACCUACCGUCAUUUUCUUCUCCCCUCCUUGUCUCUACGCCUUAACUUAG